AAACAUCUUUCUGCCUGCAAAUUUAGGCCGUGGAAUAUGCAUGAUGAGCACCUCGUGGAGAGACAAGCAGGACCACCACCUUAUCAACUUCAUUGGUGCGUUCCUGGCCGCCAACUCGUAUCGCCUAAACUUCCUGUCGAUAUCUCCUGUGUAUUCCAGGACUUCAUCUUCAACAAUGGGGGGCUAUCAGUUGCUUUCAUCUUUGAGACGAACUGGGACUGCGGGAAUGGAGCUGAUGUUUUUAGCAGGGUGAAUGCGCUGAAGAGGCAGUGCAAAAAUCUCUACGUCUUUGUUGCCGUCCCCACGGUGGAGCAAAUCAAAUUGUUUAAUCAGUCUUAUUUCAAGUAUGGCAUGGAGCUUGGCUGCCCUACAUUUGUGCCUGUUAACGAUUCAGAGAUGGGAUUUGAGAUGAUGCUCAAGAUUGCUCAUGCCCGUGGAGUAUGCAAGCAACAGGAUAUUAGCUCAACAAUGAGGAAUGAGUGGGAGCAAGCAGUUCAGUCCAUGCAUGCCUAUAUACGAGUGCUCACCUCUAUUCCUGGUAUUGAUGAUCACGAUGCCAAUAUGGAUGUCGAGUUACGGUACCGCUACAUUUUUAAUCACUUUCCGACACUUGCGGAUGAGGAUGUUAUUGGUAAAACAGACCAUGAGAUAUUGUCAGGAGAGGUUAUAGAUGAGAUGAAUAAGGUCAAGAGAGAGUACUCCUUCCGUCCCGAAUUGAAGCGCAUCUCCGGGCUCAUCUACGAGGAGACCCGCGGCGUUCUCAAGAUCUUCCUCGAGAACGUCAUCCGCGACGCCGUCACCUACACCGAGCACGCCCACCGCAAGACCAUCACCGCCAUGGACGUCGUCCACGCGCUCAAGCGGCAGGGACGCACCCUCUACGGAUUCGGCGGCUAG